AUGCUCGUUCCAUACAACUCCAAGGAACUCGCUUUCGCCACCACCAAGUCGAACAGUGCAGCGGCAUCACCCUUCGUUGUGGCCAUCCAAAUUUCGGGCAUCAAGAUACUCCCCGGUAUUCUCAAUGGAUGUAUCCUCCUCUUCGUUUUUUCCGCCGCAAGUAACUCGGACCUGUAUGUUGCAUCACGAACACUCUUCGGUCUUGCGUGCGCAGGUAGCGCACCGAGUAUCUUUGCACGCACGGACAAGCGUGGUGUUCCUAUCUAUGCGCUUGGGUUGUCAGCGGCCUUCCAAGUAUUUUUGUACUUCACGAAUGUGAUUACGAUUUUUGGGUUGCUCACUUGGAUAUCAAUCCUCGUUACACAUAUUUACUUCUGCCGUGCACGUAAGGCUCAGGGACUCCGUGAUCAGGAUCUGCCAUACGUCGCACCCUUCGGUGUAUGGGGGGAUCUGCGAAGUACGGCAACUUUUUAUGUGAAGAACUUCGUGACGGGUUAUAUCGGCAUCCCGCUAUACAUCAUCCUCAUCUUUGGGUGUAAGAUUACACAUCGUGGCUUGAGAGUUCAACCAGAAGAGGCAGACCUUUUCUCUGGUAAGGACGAGAUUGAUAAGGAAGAAGAGGCGUUCCUCGCCGCACAAGCUGAGAAAGGCAGCACUGCCGAUGGCAACUGGUUCUAUAGGACGUUCAUCUCAUGGCUGUUCUAA